AUGAAGUUCCUCAGCAACGACAUCAUCGCCAGCACUCUGCUGCUCCUCGCCGCCGUCGGCGAGGUUAGCGCUCAGUGCGCCCUCCCCACCACCUACAAGUGGAAGUCGAGCGGUCCUCUCGCCCAGCCCAAGAACGGCUUCAAGAACCUCAAGGACUUCACCGUCGCUCCCUACAACGGCCAGCAGCUCGUCUACGCCACUGCUUUCAGCACCUCCUGGAAGUCUGUCGGCUUCAGCCCCGUCUCUGACCUCAGCCAGCUCGGCUCUGCUACCCAGACUGCGAUGAGCGGCACUGCUGUUGCCCCUACCCUCUUCUACUUCAAGCCCAAGGGUAUCUGGAUUCUCGCUCACCAGUGGGGACCUCACAAGUUCUCCUACAGAACCUCCAACAACCCCACCAACGUCAACGGCUGGUCGCAGCCCCAGCCUUUGUUCACCGGCAGCAUCUCCGGUUCCAAGACUGGUCCUAUCGACCAGACUGUUAUCGGUGACAGCAAGAACAUGUACCUGUUCUUCGCUGGUGACAACGGCAAGAUCUACCGUUCCAGCAUGCCCAUUGGCAACUUCCCCGGCAGCUUCGGCGCCAACAGCCAGGUCGUCAUGUCCGACACCGUCGACAACCUCUUCGAGGCUGUCCAGGUCUACUCCAUCAAGGGCCAGAACAAGUACCUGAUGAUCGUCGAGGCCCAGAGCACCACCGGCCGCGGCCGCUACUUCCGCUCUUUCACCGCCAACAGCUUGGACGGCCAGUGGACCCCCAACGCUGCCACCGAGAACAACCCCUUCGCCGGCAAGGCCAACUCAGGAGCCACCUGGACCAACGACAUCUCCCACGGAGAGCUUGUCCGUACCGACAACGACCAGACCUUCCCCAUCGACCCUUGCAACCUUAAGAUGCUUUACCAGGGCCGCGACCCCAAGGCUCAGGCUCCCGAUUACGACAGCUGGCCAUACCGCCCUGGUAUGUUGACCCUCCAGCGAUAA